AUGACAUUUCAACCUCAUUACGGGAGUCUUAUGAAUAAUCAAAUUAAGUUCCGGCUUAAUGAACCGAUUCUUCAUAAGGCUGGUACGAAGCUUUCCGUCACUCAAUUGCAAGAGAUUAAGGCAAAGAUGUCUCAAUGCACUUUCAAUCGCGACGAUUACCCUGAUCUUCACGUUGCAGUCAGUGGUCAACCUCAUUAUCGUCAGUUACUCGAUGAGAACAACCAAGUUAUCGGUGAAUGGUUUAAGUUUAUGUAUCUUGACCAAAGCGAUAUCGGCAAAUUCAAUGAUCCUGAAAUUCUCCGUCUUCAUCAAAAUCUUGCUGAACACGUACGUGGCCAAUUCGAUUACGCGUCGCAGAAAUGGGAGUCAGGUUUCCAGAAAUUCGAUCAUCAUAUGACCGGUAACCGUGAUGGUCCGAAUACCGCCUAUACGACCGGAAUUGCUCUUCAAGGUUCUUACGCGGCGGCCCCUGCGGUACAUUCAACUUGGGAGAAAACUAAAGAUUCGGAAUAUAUGCAAUGGUUGGCCAAAUUCCAUUGUAUCCUCGGCGAUCUUGGUGGACGUGUCAUGUCAACUGUUAUGGACGACGUUUAUAAUCAAUUCACUAAGGAAAGACAUGAACGUUACAAUCCACCAUUUUUUGGGCCAUCUACUGGUUCACAAACCUAUUUCACUUCAUCGCAAAUCAACCGUAGUACCAACACGAUGAGAUUGCAAGGUACAGCUGCUGGUGUUCAUUGUGAUUCUACGGACGAUGAACUUUCCUUUUCGCUUGCACUUAACGUGUCAGUCAUCAAAGAUUCAACUUCGCUUGGUUACUUCUGGUUCCCUGAUUUUGAUACAUUGAUUCCCGUCAAACCAAUGUCGAUGAUUAUUUUUCAGGGUAUCGAAGAACACACCGGAAUGCCGAUGGUUCUAGAUAACAACGAUUCCUCAUCUCUCCCUUGCGGAUAUACUGAAGAUACCCGUUUCAACAUUAUCUGUUAUCCUAAAGGACCGACAAUGAAGAAUACUACUUAUCGGAAUUACGGUAGUUUUGUCAAUUCUGCACCGGAACGGCCUAACCUAAUGGCUGAUGCCCUUCCUAGUUUUGGUGGAAAGGAAAACUAUGAUACUUGGAGAGCUAGAGAGAUUUUAAGAGUUAAUAUUCCGAAUAUCAAGAAUAUUUUUGGAAAACACAUUGCAAUCAAUAUUGACGCUGAAGCUCAAUAUAAUUCGAUUUCUUUUCCGGAUAAUGAUUCGCAGUAUACACUCACUCCCUAUUCCGUUUCUCCAAACAAUUCUGUCGAAUUGGAAAAUCUUACACCACCGGAAUCACAAGCGGUAAUCGCUAAACAGCUUACCCCAUAUCAAACUAUUAAUAUCAAUGAUAUUUUUGAUAAUACUUUGUUUGAUACCUUUAUCGACAAGCUCCGUCAGAAAAUCAACUUUGUACGUCAUACGCCUUUCAAAUCAUCCAUCACCGAAUCAAAUUCGAACGCGAUAACAUCAUUGAUAACUAAUUCCAAUAUUGAAAAUCCGAUUUAUGAGAGUUUGAUUGAUAUUGCGGAAGAUGAAAACGAUAUCGAUGAUAUUUCUGAUAUUCAAACCUUUGAAUAUAAUUCAGAAAAGAAUCAAAAUCUUUUCGAUCAUAUCGGUGUCGACAAUGAUAACGAUAAUGAACCUCUAGUACGUACGAUUGAUGAUAUCAAUUCCUUCCAACUAUUUGAAUUAGGAGUUAUCGAGAACCAUAUUGCGACGCUCAAGGGAACAUCAUUAAUGACGAAGAAUCAACAUACGUUCUCAAUGCGCGAAGAAUUAAAAGAUCAAAUCCCGUUCCUUCCACCUGUUGAUCAAACCGAAAUACAAAAUGUAUCUCGUUUCAUUCCUGAUUUCUCAACUACAUAUUCCCGUAUUUUGGGAACGCUCUCAAAAAAAUCAAGUCAGCUAGAUCCUCUUAAAGGUGGUUUGUUGGCAGCUCAAGGCAAAUUAGCAUUCGAACAUAUGGAAAUGUUAGAACAUGAUUUUUUUGAUCUGUUCAACCCGACAUCAAAUAUCAUUCUUCCGCCAAACAGCAUUGCCUAUCGUUUACGGAAAAAAAUUGAUGAAUUAGUAGAUCCCUUAAAUGGAUCGAAUGAACCUGGCCUAAAGCUUUUCUUUUCAGCAGAGGAGAUUUUAGGUGAUAAACAUCAUAGCGGUUGGCAUCUUGAUGUUAAUCUCGAACCUGAUACACGGCAUACUUCUUCACCUGCAUUAAAAGCGAAAGCUUUCCAUAACGACGAAAAAUUGACUCCGGAAUUAUAUUUGUUUGUACCACAAGUAUAUGACUUUGCAUUUCGAUACGAUGUUAGUAAUAAGUUAUCGAGCCAAACUAUGGAUAAUAUUGUAUCCAUAAUUACCGAGGAGGAAAGUAUUAGGCCAGCAAUUACCGCUAUAAAUCAGCUUGCCAAAAUUCUUUCCGAACAUUUUGACAUUGAUCAAUUAUUACAACGACGUGGCACCAAAACCUUUAAUUCUUUUCUUGGUACCAAUACACAACAAAAUCGGGCUGCUCAACGUUCAACAAUCUUACCUGUCGGAAAUUCUAACAAACGUAAACGGUUUGAAAAUCCUAAAUCGAGAAAUGUUAAGCGAUCUAAAAUCGAACGCAUCAGACCAUUUCAACAACCAUUCGAACUUAACGACCUUGAUCUUGAUCGAUUGAAUGAAAGCCUUGAACCAAUUAUUGGUAAUCAGGCAGCGAUUGACGGAGCGUGUUCUCUUCUGAAAUGUUUUUAUUCAGUACUCAAAAUCAACGAAAUCUUUAUUGAGAUUCUGAAUCACCCAUCGCCGAUACAAUAUUUUGUAACGAAAACCUCAAAUAUUACAAAUUCGACAACUUUGAGAUAUGUUCGUGCAGCAUGUGGAAAGAACGUCGAUAUGGAUAAGCUUUUAUAUGCCAGGACUCAAGGUCCAAGCUUUAAAAGUUUGAUGAAAAGCUUAUCUGUCAAUAAUUUCAAUCCUGAUGGCUCACCGAUACUUCCGGAAUUUGGUGAUAUCAACAACUUGACGACUUUAGUUCGAAAGUGUCUUGUUUCCAGAACGGCUUGGCGAUUUCCAUCCUUGAUUGAACUCUACAGUGAUUGUGAAAAUUCUGAAGAUUUUCUUACUGCUCAAACGAUUUGGAAAGAUCAGCAAAGAGAAUUGAAUCCAAAUACCGAACCAAGCUUUCUGAUGCUUCGAGUCUACGGACAGUUGAGUAUGAAGCCAACUCAAGUUGAUCGGGUACUCACAUCACUUUCCCGAAAGUCGAACAGUCUUGCAACUUUUAUUCAUGGCUAUAUUUCUCGGCAAGAACAACCGACUUUCAAAAGUGUAAUGGAUUUGAUUGUAUCAUGGAAAAUCCCUUACUUUGCGUCAGGUGGUUUAUUGCCUUGGAUGGUUACAGGAGAUUUGUUUGAGAUUGGUAUUUGUCAACCACCGACAAUCAACGAUUUGGCGAAUAAAAUAUUACAUGCUGUAUCGGAGGGACCUCGCGGUGGUCUCAAAAUGGCGUAUGUACAACUACCGACUGCUCGUGCAGAAUAUCCUGAAGAUUCCAGAGAACUCGUACCGAUAUUGGACAGUGUUCUCAAUGCGAUGAAAGAGAAUUGGUCAGAUCUUUGGAGGAACAUCAGCGGCCAUCGACGAGAAUUGACAUUUUUAGACUUUGAACAUAUUUCAUGCAAAGUUUCAAGAAUGAAUCAAUUUAUUUCUAAUAAUUAG